GGGAAGUCGCGUUCGGCAUGGGUACUUCUAUCGUGUACUUUUAAUUGAUGAAGCCCGCUGCGACUGGACUCUGAACCUUGGAUUACAGCCACUGAUAUCCUGGACUUGGGCUUUUCAGCUGUGCGUAUGCCUGACCUGGUUGAACAUCAAAGAGUCCUGUCAACAAUGGACGAGUCUGAGAGACAGAAAUAUGAAGCCAAAUCUCAGGAAUUGAGGGCAGACCUCAAACGUUUUGAAGGUGAUUGGGCCAGGCGCAACGAUGGGAAGAAACCAGGUCGCGAGGAUAUCAAGCAGAAUCCUGUCAUAGCCCAAAAGUACAAGAGGUAUAAUCAAGUUCGCGAUAUUCUCUCAGGGAAGAUCGCGCCGCCACCCACUAAGGACAAUACCCGAGCCCGAAAACGCAAGUCGGAGGAACCAACCACACACACUCUCGCGAACCGGACCAGACCUGCGGAGACGCCCUCUAGGUCCCAAAGGAAAAAUACAGAUCUACUCGACGGCCCUGAAACGCCUUCCCUACGCAAGCUAUUCAGCCCGGCUCUACCUUCGUCAAUUGGCCCGACGCCGCAGAAAGAUGGGCGCGUCCUUGGUCUCUUUGACCUUUUGUCCGAGAAUGAAGAGAGCACACCCUCUAAAUCGCAACAUGAAGUACCCGGUGACCCAUCCACACGAAUCCAGGCGACGCCCAGUAAGCGGAAACAUGCCGAGAUCGACGAAGAAGAUGUGAUCAAACCAGGGCGGACACCAGUCUCCUCGAGCAAGCGCGCCAUGCUGGACACCUUUAUGACCCCGUUGAAGAAUCGAGACGCAAAUCUCGAGACUGGGAAAACGCCCACCACCGUCAGUCGCUUGCAGUUCGCCACGCCUUCCUUUCUCAGGAGAGCACCCCCUCCUUCGUUGGACCCGAACGGUGCUUUCGUGUCGCCAGCGCCCCUCCGGUUGCCGCGCAAACCCAUUGUUCGUGGACUGAGUAGUGUGGUAGCUAGCCUGCGGAAGAUGGAGGAGGAGAGGCUAGAUGAGGAUCUAGAAGCACUGCGCGAGAUGGAAAACGAUGCCGGCCCGGCGCAAACGGCCCAGGCUUCGAAGGCUGACGACGAAAUCCAAGCACACGAUAGCCAGGCUGAAGUUCCACAACUUUUGGGUGGCUUCGAUGAUGAAGGACUGUACGAUAGCGAGCCGGAGAAGCAGGUGGGCCGCGACGGACAGCCGCUCCGGGUGUACACGAAGAAGGGCCAAAAGCGGACGACGAGAAAGGUCAACAUGCGGCCUACGCGAUCUAAGCGACCAGUGCAGUCCAUGGCAGAAGCGUCUGACAAUGAGGAUGACGAAGUGGUGCCCGAGACACAGUUCGAUGCCACGAAGCAGAACGGCGAGCCGCCUUUGGACGUUGCAUCUGACUCGGACUUCAAUGGCUCUGCAGACGAGAGUGCCGACGAGGGCAAGACGGCCAAACCCAAGGCCAAGAAGCCCAAAAAGAAGCAGACCAAAGAAUCUGAGAAGAAACAGGGCACGAUCAACAAGGCUGUCAAGAUGGUCAGCGCCAUGGCGCACCAGAACUUCAAGAAGCUUAAGCUCAAGAAUAAUGGUGCUAAGGGGGGUCCUGGGUUCGGGAGCCGAUUCCGUCGGCGGAGAUAGAGGAGUUCGGAUUGGGAAUUGCUACAGCUGUACAUUGGAUGAGCUUCGGCUCAUGGUUAUGGGCAGGCGUAUUCGAGCGGCUUUUCGCUGUCAUGAUAAUGAACCACUGCAUAUAUACGGGAAGUCACCUGCCCCAGAGCUUCUGGGGUAUAGACUAAGCAACGCAUAAUUGGACAAUAUGGGCACAGAACCAGAC